UAAUUGUACUAACUUCCCACUUUUAUCUGUUCAGCUUUGUCAAAGCAAAAGAAGAAUUCAGGCAACACUUAAACCAGCCAUGGCUAUGGUACAGUGACUUUCCAACAUAUGCUUCUGAUGUUCCAUACUUUCAGUGUGAUCAUGACCUGAAAGCUUUUAGUACUGAGGGAAUCCAUUUAGUUGUCUGUGUUCAUGGUCUAGACGGUAACAGUGCAGACUUGCGAUUGUUCAGGACCUACUUGGAGCUUGGGCUGCCUAAUGUUAACUUUGAGUUUCUGAUGUCAGAACGAAAUCAGGGAGAAACAUUUGGAGACUUUGAAGUGAUGACAGAUCGACUGGUAUCUGAAAUUACCUACCACAUUGAAGUGUAUGGUUUAGUGCCUACUAAGAUCAGGUGA